AUUGUUUGGUUACUUAGUUGUCGAUGAGCAGCUGUUGAAUAUCAAUAUAAAAUUAUUUAAAUAUUCAGUUUUAUUAUUUUCAAUUUUGUGAAAUGUAUGGACAACCAAUUCCUGUGAUACAAAGAAAACGAGAUGACGAAGAUGAAAUGUUAGACGGUUCACCUCCAGACAAACCAAAAUUAAUGGAAGGUGGAAAUUAUAUAAAAGAAGGUCGUGAUUCUGCAAAAAGUACUUGUUUAAUAUUUUCACCAAAAGAAGAAGAUCAAGUUGGUGCAUUGGGAAAAUAUUUGCAACUUUUUGCUAAACAUCAUGUGAACCUGUUGCACAUUGAAUCACGAAGUUCUUUACGUCAACAAAAUGGUUAUGAAUUUAUGGUAGAAUGUGCACCUGGUGGAAACCUUGGUGGAGCUAUUGAAGCAAUUCGAGUUCAAACAAACUAUUUUUCCAUAAUAUCAAGAAAUCACAAAAAUAAUAUUGACACAGUGCCUUGGUUUCCACGUAGAAUUCGUGAUCUUGAUAAAUUUGCAAAUCAAAUAUUAACAUAUGGCUCAGAAUUGGAUUCAGAUCAUCCUGGUUUUACUGACCCAGUUUAUCGUUCAAGACGUAAAUAUUUCGCUGAUAUUGCAUAUAAUUAUAAACAUGGUCAAGAAAUACCUCGAGUUGAUUACAGCCAAGAAGAGACAAAUACUUGGGGUGUUAUAUUUCGAAAAUUAACUGAGCUUUAUCCAAAGUAUGCUUGUCGUGAGCAUAAUCAUGUUUUUCCAUUAUUAAUUGAAAAUUGUGGAUACAGAGAAGAUAAUAUUCCACAACUUGAAGAUAUAUCAAAUUUUUUAAAAGAUUGUACAGGAUUUACAUUACGACCAGUUGCUGGUUUAUUAUCAUCACGUGACUUUUUAGCUGGUUUGGCAUUUAGAGUAUUUCAUAGUACCCAAUAUAUUCGACAUCACAGUAAACCACUGUACACGCCUGAACCUGAUGUGUGUCAUGAAGUAUUGGGUCACGUACCAAUGCUAGCUGAUCCAGCAUUUGCACAAUUUUCACAAGUCAUUGGCCUCGCAUCCCUUGGUGCACCAGAUGAAUACAUAGAAAAACUUGCAACUUGCUUUUGGUUUACUGUUGAAUUUGGAAUAUGCCGACAACAGGGAGAAUUAAAGGUUUAUGGAGCUGGUUUAUUAUCAUCAUUUGGUGAGCUUGAAUAUUCUCUCAGUGGAAAACCUGAGCUUAAACCAUUUGAACCAAAAAAGACAGCAUUACAAAAAUAUCCAAUUACGGAUUAUCAGCCAGUUUAUUUUGUUGCUGAAGAUUUUGAAGAUGCUAAAGAAAAAAUGGUUAAAUUUUCACAAACAAUACCAAGGAAAUUUGGUGUUCGUUAUGAUCCAUAUACACAGAGUGUCAGUAUAAUUGAUAGCAAAUAUCAAAUUGAAGAACUUGCUAUGAAUGUUAAUCAAGAAAUGGAAACACUAAUGGACGCACUGAGAAAAUUGAAAAAUUAAAUCAUUUUAUUGUUUAAAUUUUUUUUUCCAUUGUUUAUUAUUGUUAUUAAUUUACAUACGUAUAACAUUUAUAAUGUUUUUUUUUAUUUUUUAUUAUAAUAAUCAUGUCGAAUAAUUAUAUGUAAUUGAUUUAUUAAAAAAAUAUUUGUAUUUAAUUUUUAAUUAACAGUUAUUAAUUUUUAAUUUUUUUUUCGUAAUAAAUUUUGAAAAUUUAGUUCAAUUAUUUUGUAAUUAAAUUGUCCAACAAUACAUUUAUUAAUAUAUAAUUUUUUUAAAUUAAAAAAAAAUUUUUUUUCAGUAAAAAAAUAAGUUAAAACAUUAAAUUUUUAUAAUUUAAAAUUACAAAUAUAUCAAUUUUUUUUUUUACUGUAUUAUCAUCAUAAAAAGCAAAAAUUAUUUUCCAAUAACAAAAAAAUUUAAUUCAUUAUCAUUUUAAUGAUACUAUAAAAAUCAUUGGACUAUAAAUUAAUAGCUAAUAAAAAUAUAUCUUCUCUCGGAUGAUAUUGAUUUAUACAAAAAAUAAAAAUAAAAUCCACAAUUAAUUCAUAUAACAACAAUUUGAUAAAAUUACUAAAAUGUUUCAAACACUUUUUUCAUAUAAAAAAAAAACAACAACAAUUUAUAUGAAUACUAAUUUUAGAUAUCAAACAUUUGUCUUAAAC